AUGGCUGCUUUAACUCUUGUUCCAGCUAGUGGGAUCUUGAUUACUGCAGAAUUAGCGAGACGUCGUCAUUUCGAACGAAGAUUGGAUUCCAACACCAAAAUCAGGGCACUGAACGAUGAAAAAAGUGGAGAUACAGAAACCCAAUUGGGGAAAACAGAAGAUAAAGAAACCCAAUUGGGGAAAACAGAAGAUAAUCAGAGAAUUAAAAGGUUUUCGUUACGAUUGAGCGAAAGAUUGAGAAAGUUGAAGAGUAUAUCUAUUGGGCCUGCGUUAAACGGCCUCGAAACGUUUCUGCGUAAGAAUAUGAAAACAAUGGCGGUCUGUACCUCAAUCUCUGUUGCAUUGGGGCUGUGCUGCUUCUUUCUGAAAUUGAAGGCAAUGCCAUCCUCUAAACAAGUUCCGUACUCGAACUUGAUAAAGAGCCUAGAAAGUGGUGAGGUAGAAGGGGUCCAAUUCGAGGAGGGAUCGCCGAUUAUAUAUUUCAACACAGAAGAAAGGAUUGUUGAGAAUGAAAACCACCAAUCAAUGGGCGGUGUGGUUUUGAGAAUGUUGACAAGGACCAAUGCUUCGAACCCCGAGUGGCAGUAUUCAACUAGAAUCAUAGAAAAUGAUGAGCGCGUUCUUUUAAGUUACAUCAAAGAAAAGGGAAUUACAUAUAGCUCUGCCCCUCAACCAGUGCUUAUAUCAAUCAGGAGUGGCUUGACUACUAUUUUACUUCAAAUGCUUCACAUGGCUCCUUAUUUGUGGAUCUGUUAUCUUCAACUUAAUACUGGUAAGAGCUCGGCUACAAAGCGGCGCCCUAGCAAGCAGACGGUUAGAUUUGAUGAUGUGCAGGGCGUUGAUAAUGCAAAGGCAGAGCUUUUGGAGAUGGUUUCAUGCCUGCAAGGAGCUAUUAACUAUGAAAAACUGGGAGCAAGGUUACCAAAAGGUGUGCUGCUGUCGGGUCCUCCAGGAACAGGAAAAACAUUACUAGCCCGUGCAGUGGCUGGAGAAGCAGGAGUACCAUUUUACUCUACUUCUGCCAGUGAAUUUACAGAGAUUUUCGUUGGAACAGGAGCAGCUCGUGUUAGAGAUAUUUUUAAAGAAGCAAGGAAUAAUGCACCAUCAAUCAUUUUUAUUGAUGAGAUUGAUUCUGUUGGAGGAAAGCGCGAGACAAAUUUCUUCAAUAACGAACAUGAACAUACAUUAAACCAAUUGUUGUCAGAAAUGGAUGGCUUUAACUCGGACACGAAGGUGAUUGUUAUUGCUGCAACUAAUAGGCCAGAAGCAUUGGAUGCAGCUCUAUGUCGCCCUGGCCGCCUCUCAAGGAAAGUACAUGUGGGAGAACCAGAUGAAGUUGGAAGGAGAAAAAUUUUAGCUGUUCAUUUGAGAGAAGUUCCUCUUGAGGAGGACACUGGCCUCAUCUGCAACCGGGUUGCAUCUGUUACCCAAGGCUUUGUAGGUGCUGCUCUUGCAAACGUCACCAAUGAAGCCGCUUUACUUGCUGCUCGUAGAGGCAGCGAAUGUGUGUCAAUGGAAGAUAUAAUGGAAGCAAUAAAAAGAGAAAAGUUUGGGAUCAAAGAUAGUCAAUCAAGUCCUAGUACAAUUAGCAAAGAGCUCGGGAAACUGUUACCAUGGAUGCCGUCUCUAAAGGGGUGGUGGAGUGACACUAGACGGGAUGGAAUGCAAGGGCUCGUGGAAUAUCAAACUCUUCACUGAUUAGUAUGUUCUACUUGUCAGUACUGUUAAAGGAUACAAGUCAAAUUCUUGUUGAGAAUUAUUCGGAACAGUACUCACAAGGACCUAGAGAAUUGCAAUGGAUGCCUGAGCUUGUCUUGCAAGGGCCUUUCAACUUGCAUAAUGUUUGGACCAUGUUUGGUAAUGGAAAGGAGCUGGCAUGCUAAAGGAGAACCAAAAUGUGUUUAGGAAUAAAAAUUAUGGUAAAGUAGGAGCUAGGGGGAAAUUUCAAUUGAAACUCCAUAAAAUGCUUAUUCAAUUCCUUAUUUGCCUUCCCUUAUUCAAUUUAUGACCAUUUUGGUGUUUGAUGGUAAACUAGCAACUAAUUUCUGGUGUCAUAAAAUGCUUUGAAAUAGACAUCUACUGAACAGAGUUUCAAUGAAUUUUGGGCAAAGCGGAAAAACACCCUCAAUUUUUAAAUUUUGGAUAAAUAAUUUUUUUUUGGGUAUGUAAGUGCGUUAAGUUUGAGAAAAAAUUAUCACAGAAAUGUUUGAUGUCACUGUUUCGUUACAAAUUUAGUCAUGUGUGUACAUAACAUUUUUUAAGAUAUAAAAUUACAAAAAUACCCUUUUCUCUUUCAAUAAUGCCCUUAUAUAUAAGAAGGAAAAAAAAAAAAAAAAAAAAAAAAGGGACACUUUUUUCAUUUUACAUUUAAUUAUUAUUUUUUUAUCCUUUUUUAUUUAGUUAUAGAGAGACACUUUAGUUCUUUCAGCAUAUAAACCCUAAUUUGCUCAAAAAUUAAA